UAUUGUCUUAAAAUUAUGAUACGUAUAAAAAGGAGCAUUUAAAGUAUUACUGCAAUAAUAAAAAGUAUUUCAGAAUGUUGAAACAAUUUGUAUGCACUCUUGUAAUCACUGUUGGUGUUGCCCAAUUUGGUGCAACAUAUGUUGCAAAUUCAGUCCAAAGUAACAUCGUUCCUUACACUCUUUACGAUCAAGCUUUACAAAAACUAGGAGAGUUGAGAAUAAUUGUCGACAGUGCUAUUGCAUCAGCCAAAACAAAUCUCAAUUCCGCCAGUACCGCUCAUCAUAAGUAUGCCGACGAAAGUUUAUCAGCUGCUGAAGUCAAACUCCAAGACGAAGCUGAUAAAAUAAAUGGAGCUAUAACAGACAUGCAAAAUAUGGCCAACAGUGCUGGUGUUAAUAUUCGCUCAUGCCUUCGACUUACUCAACCACAACUUGACCGAGCUUUACUAAAUUCACAACAUGGGUUGGCAACUUGUGUUUCCGAUGCGAAUAAAGAAGUUGAUACCAAUAUUGAUCAAGCCAAAAAGGAAGUUGGAGAUGCGACAAAUAAUGUUGAUGAACUUUUAAUACAAAUUAAAGCUUGCACUACUGGAAGUAUCUUGUGUUUGUCGCCGGUUAUAAGACAAAUUGAUGUCGAUAAGGUGGAGUUGCCGGAAGUGAUUGAAUCUGAAGUUCAUAAAGCUGUUGUUUUGGUGGACACACUUACUCCGAAAGUUGACCAUUGUUCUGAUAGUAAUGUCUCCACAUAUGUCACUGCGGCAACUAGCAUCCUUCAGACUAUUGAAGACUGUGUUAAUUCAAUUGUGUAAAUUUAAAAUUUGCCGAAGAUUUGUCUUAAAAUUAAAAUAAUUAGAAUUA